UGUUGGUGGGCGGGGUCGAGCGAGAGACUUCUGCUGCUGCAUUUGAGCGUUCACGUACACGCGCGCGCGGCUCACGGGGAUGCGACCACGAAUUUAACACCACUGUUACUGCACUGAAAUUAAACCAAGACGCAGUUUGUCGAAGCCGACGAAAAGAUUGUUACGAACGUGAAUUGCCAUGACUGAGCAGCAGAGGCAGCGCACCCUCUCCACCUCUGGAGAAUCCCUCUAUCAUGUGCUGGGUGUUGACAAACUGGCCACUACUGAUGACAUCAAGAAGUCUUACAGGAAACUGGCCCUGAAGUACCACCCCGACAAGAACCCAGACAAUCCCGAGGCUGCGGACAAGUUUAAAGAGAUCAACAAUGCCCAUGCCAUCCUGAACGACCCUACCAAGCGCAACAUUUAUGACAAGUACGGCUCCCUGGGGCUCUACGUAGCCGAGCAGUUUGGAGAGGAGAACGUCAACACUUACUUUGUCCUGUCCAGCUGGUGGGCCAAGGCGCUCUUUGUGUUCUGCGGCUUGGCUACAGGCUGCUACUUCUGCUGCUGUCUGUGUUGUUGCUGUAACUGCUGCUGUGGAAAGUGUAAACCACGGCCACCCGAGGGCCAGGAUCAGGAGUUCUACAUCUCUCCUGAAGACCUGGAGGCCCAGCUGCAGUCUGACGAGAGAGAGGCUGGUGGAGGUGAGCCCAUUGUCCUGCAACCGUCAGCCACAGAGACCACCCAGCUAACAUCUGACGGCCACCACACCACCUACCGGACCGACACCGGCUUCAACUAAUACGUCUCUCUCUCCAGCUGCCAUUCUUCUCCCACCCUGAGUCUGAGGAAUGAGCAGAGGGGCAACUCCAACAACUUUAAAAGAAAAAGCCACCAUUGGCAGGGAGAAAAGCCAGUGAGAGUGGAACACAAGCUGAACUCUUUCAGGCAUUCCCACCCGUUUCUCAUAUCCACCACCAUCACCAUUCUUCCAGAGUGGCAUACAUUCACCUCAGUGUAGCUUGAAAAUAAGGAGUUUAAUGGAAAAAAAAGAAAAAAAAAAAAGAACACAAGAUAUUUUCUCUCUUGUUGUACUCCGUCUUUUUGGCCUUUGACUUCCAGACUUGCCUUUCCAUCAGCCUCUUCUCAAGCCAGAUUUGUUCGCUGUCCUGUAGCAUGCACUGUUCCUCAAUCAGUAGUUGAGGUUAAACCCAGUAAGUCUGUUUAUGUGCAUUGAUUUUCUCACAUUCAGGAGCUUAUGAUGGACGUUCUUGUUGAAAUGAUGUACUUGCAUGUGUCUGUAAGAAAAGCCACAUUAUAAGGAUUUUUCCAUUGUUUUUAUUUCCCCCAGCAUUGCAUGCUUUCAUUCUUCCUAUUGCACUCCUGGGGGGACAGAAAUCGGACACACCCUAGUUUUUAAAUCAAUAGUUUUAAGCCCUGGUAUAUAAUAUACUGUCCACUCUAUGUUAACUGUUGUCUUAUGUCUGAAUCUAAACACUAAAUGCAAUUCUAGUCUUUAGCAUCACUGUUUUCCCCAUCAGUCAUUUGAGUUUAAUAGAGAAAAGUGAUGCAGAAGAUGCUGGCAAACAUAAUGUUUCCAAAAUCUAUUUUCUUAAUAUUUAUUUAUUCCAUCUGAAUUUUAAAAUAGUGUGUUGUGUUCAAAAGGAUGAGCCAAAAAAAUAAGUAUGUAUCAGUUGCUAAUCAGAAGUCGUGCAGUGUGGUGUAGAGCUGUGUGUAGCAGCCAGAUCAGGCUACUGGGACCUUGUCUUUGUAGCAUGUUCUGAUUCUUUGCAACAGUCCUAUUAGUUAGCUUUGCCUUGGUAAUGUCCCUGUAUUCACAUUUUAAGGGAUUUAAACAUAUUUUGAAACACAUUCUGUUCCAUCAUAUCAAACUAUACAACCCCGGCGUGUGUGUGAGGAGGAAAGAAAAAAAAAUGUUUUUAUAUAGAUAUACAAUAUACACACCCUGUGUGUAUGUACAGUAUAUGUAUAUUUUGUGCAUUUUUACUUUGUAAUCCUAGGCUUGUAUUUAUUCCAGUGUGUUAUUGCUCAUGGUGAUGUGUGAUAAGGGUUUAUUAGAGUGCAUCUCCCCUCCGCGUUUGGCGCCAAGAGAUCAUGGUGAUUGUGAAUGAAUUACCUGUGCUAGAUGGAAGUUGUUUAUUCAGCAAGAAAAAAAAGUGUCUUUCACUACAACAUGUUCUUUAGAUUUAAUAGGAUAAGGAUUUAAUGUUAGCGGUGUAAUGAAAAUUUCAGUAACUAAUUGUGUACAAUGACAUCAGGCAUCCAUCUGAACACCAUUACACUCUCUCCCUCUCUUUGCGAUUACUGUUUUAAAGCACCAUGUUUUGAUGCGUUUUGAUUUUAUCAUCAUGCUAUUGUGUUAUAACUCCUUUUUUUUUUGUACGCCAGUUGCAGUGAGAUGUCCGUCAGCAGUGAUGGACAGUAUUUCGCCCCUGCACAUUUUAUUAUGUAGUAAAUUAAAGUAAAAGCAAAAUGUUUAUACCAUUUGUGCUCUGAGCCAAGGUGUGACAUUCCUCCAUAUUACUAAUUAAUGUAAUGUUGUUGUUUUUUUUUUUAAAUAUUUGUUUUAUUUUCUUAGCACAUGUACAGGUCGAUUAAAAAUGUUAACACACACAACACUAACCCAAAAUUUCUUAUACGUAACAUUUCAUGUUUACUCCAAAAUACAAAAAAACUAUACAGAAAAAAAGCCCCUGGUAUCCAGUGAGUGUUAACAUUAUUUUGAAUCAUCCUGCGAUAGAUAAGAUUUGUAGGUAUUGUUCUGUUUACAUUUCGUUCUGUGUAAAGCUCCUAUCUGGAUUUUCUUGGUUGCAGUCAAGUUGAACACAGACGUUUGAAGUUGCCAUACAUGUGACCAGUCAUACCAAUGCCAAGCUGCGUAUCAUUUUUACAUCGUAUUCAUACAUUUUUACACCCUUAUCACCUGCCAAACAUGCAACCUACAUUCAGCGGGUUAUGUUGUGCUACGUUUUGUGGCUUAUGUUGCACUGCACUAACCACAUCACCAGCCUUGUUCAAUCUUCUCUUAUCUUCUUUGGCUUGUAAAGGCUAGAAACCAUUUCACAGUUGUAUACACUGAGCUUCUGACCACAGUUCUCUGCAGAUGGAUAUUCUGUGUCUCUGACACUUUUCCCCGCUUGUGUGUCCCUGCUCUUGAUGGCUUUUGAUGGUUCUUUGCAUCUGUGGUCAUUCCUUGUGCAUUUCCCUCCACCUCCACGUAAUUACACUGGUUUGCCCGUCAUGGGUUCUACAUUAAAAAUGUUGAAAAAUGCAAAGUUGAAGUUAAAUGCAAUGGAAUAACAUGGGCGGGACAGAGUUCCUUAAAAUGUGUGUAAUUAUUGUGAAAUGGUAAUACGUUGUUUUUCAAAUUUUAUUUAUGACCUUAUUUUGUCAUGUUUUUAAAGACUGUCCUUGUUUCAGAAGGUAUGUUAUUUGGAUGUGGCUGUGAAACUAUGCUACUCCUAGUUAAAUGGUCAAGGUCUCAUGUACAUACACAGAAUAAUGGAGUAUAACUAUAGACCUUUUAUGUUGUAGCAUGGUUAUUGUCUGUCCAAAAGAAAACAUACAUUUAUCUGAUUUGCUGGUGUAAAAAAUAAAUGUUUAUGAACAUUU